AUGCCCCCACUCGAGCUGGUGGCAGCCGCGUAUGCGGAGGCAUAUCGGCGCACCAGAGAGCUGAGGGAGCGGGGCAUUCCGGUCACGGCGGGAACGCGGAGGCUCCUCGGACUCCAGGCGAAGAGGGCGACGAGGGAGGAAUGGCGCGUGUGGCUCACAAAGCCUAACACUUUCGGCAAGCGCACGAUAAACGCCAUCCUCCCUCGUCUCGAUGACUGGAUAGAUCGCCAGUGGGCCAGAUCGUCCUAUAGGACGACGCAGGUACUCACUGGGCAUGGAUGCUUCGGUGAGUACCUGCAUAGGAUAGGGCGCGAGCCGGACGCGCGGUGCCAUCACUGCGGAGGCAAAGAGGACUCGGCGCAACACACCCUAGAGGUGUGCCCGGAAUGGGCAGAGAUGCGCCGGGUCCUCACUGACAAAAUCGGGCGUGAUCCCACGCCCCGAGCCGUCGUAGAGGCGGUAACAGACGAGGAGGGAAAUUGGGAUGCGUUCUCCUCCUUCUGUGAACACGUUCUGCGGCAGAAGGAGGAGACGGAGCGGAUUAGGAGGGGAGAGGCAAACCCUCCAGCUAAUUCGCAACGAGGAGGAGCGGGGGCCGCGCAAGGACAGCAGAGAGGGAGAGGAGCGCGACGACUGCCGGCCCACUUAAGACCCUGGAGAUAGAGAGGAAAGUGGCAGUCCGUAAAGGAUAGCCAUGCCUCUUGCAAGCAUAGGAGAGGCCGGCCGACACAUGAAGGCUAGCGAACACCAAUACAAGAUGCAUAGAGGGAUGAUCCCAUUUUUUCCAAGCGUACGGGUGCCGCUAUCGAAUAGCCCCGGGGUAGCCCCUGCCUGUCGUAAAAGGCGACUAAAAGGGGAGGAGGAGAAGAAUAAGGAAGCGAGAUGGGAUCAAGUUAGGGUGGGUCAAGGACUGGAGACCCUUGGCUCACCCGCCCCCCUAAAAAGACAACUAGGGGGCGCGGCGGGAGGCCUGGUGGCACCCCCGCCGCAUUUCCAAUGAAAGGAGGAGAAAGGCCCUUUUAAGGGCCGCGCGGGAGUUUAAGUACCGCGAGAUGGGCGCGAAGUCACG